GAGGCCCGGGAGGCGCAGACCGCGGCCAGCGCCGGACGCGCGAGCGAGGAGGCCGCGAGCGCCCUGCCGGACCCGGAGCAGCGCCGGACGCGCGAGCGACGAGGCGGAGCCUGAGGCGCAGCCAUGUUCCUGGUUAACUCGUUCCUGAAGGGCGGUGGCGGCGGCGGGGGAGGCGGGGGCCUGGGCGGGGGCCUAGGGAAUGUGCUCGGAGGUCUGAUCAGCGGGGCCGGGGGCGGCGGCGGCGGAGGCGGCGCGGCCGGCGGUGGAACAGCCAUGCGCAUCCUGGGCGGGGUCAUCAGCGCCAUCAGUGAGGCAGCUGCGCAGUACAACCCGGAGCCCCCGCCCCCACGGAGCCAUUAUUCCAACAUUGAGGCCAACGAGAGUGAAGAGGUCCGGCAGUUCCGGAAACUGUUUGCCCAGCUGGCCGGAGAUGACAUGGAGGUGAGCGCCACAGAACUCAUGAACAUUCUCAACAAGGUUGUGACCCGACACCCUGAUCUCAAGACCGAUGGCUUCGGCAUUGACACGUGUCGCAGCAUGGUGGCCGUGAUGGAUAGUGACACCACGGGCAAGUUGGGCUUCGAGGAGUUCAAGUACCUAUGGAACAACAUCAAAAAGUGGCAGGCCAUAUACAAACAGUUUGACAUGGAUCGAUCAGGAACCAUCUGCAGCAGUGAGCUGCCGGGUGCCUUUGAGGCAGCAGGGUUCCGCCUGAACACACAUCUCUACAACAUGAUCAUCCGGCGCUAUUCCGACAAGAGCGGCAACAUGGAUUUUGACAACUUCAUCAGCUGCUUGGUCAGGCUGGACGCCAUGUUCCGCGCCUUCAAAUCUCUUGACAAAGACGGCACUGGACAAAUCCAGGUGAACAUCCAGGAGUGGCUGCAGCUGACCAUGUACUCCUGAACAGAAGCCGCACUCCUGUCCCCUUACCGCCUCGCUGUCACCUUGGACCCCUGGUCUCUCCAACAGCUGACCCUGGCUACAGUCACGUCUGCAGGGGGCCCUAUCAACCCGCAGGCCUUUUGUUCUCCCAGCCCUCAGCAUCCAGCUUCUCAGGCAACAGGCAACAUGCCCCAACGUGCCACACCCUCUAUUACCCCCGGCUCCAGGACAUUUUAGCACAUGCUGCCCAAGGGUCACCCACUCCCGCCACACCCGUCUUAUACCUUCUCCGUAACCUCUGUCCUAUACCUGUGCCAAACCCAACACUUGUGUGACUUCCACACCCAUGGGCUCUCUCUCAGCCCUGGAAGGAUCACUCAAGGCCUGACAUACUCUGACAGAUUCAGUCACUCCCCCAGGCAGCCACUGCGGGCCUGCACACCCCGGUGCCUUCAUCUGUCUGCUCCCCCAGCCUGCCAGGCCUAGCAGGAAAUAAAUGUAACCCCUGUUGCUAUUGUC